UACAACGAUAUACUGAGAUUAUAACACUGUUGUUGUAGGUACAAGAGUGGACGCAUAAAAUACGCAAGGAAGGUAAUCAACUUGAUCGACAAAUACGUAGCAUUCAACGCGAAGAGGAGAAAGUGAAGCGUUCAUUAAAACAAGCAGCAGCAAAAAAUGAUCGUGACACUUGCGUCAUCCUUGCUAAAGAGAUUGUGCGAGCACGUAAAGCUAUAAAUCGUAUUUACACAUCAAAGGCCCACCUCAACUCCAUACAGUUGCAAAUGAAAAACCAACUGGCUACAUUACGCGUCGCUGGAUCGUUGCAAAAAUCCACUGAAGUCAUGCAAGCCAUGCAAAACCUAGUUCGCUAUCCAGAAUUAGCUGGUAUUAUGCGAGAUAUGUCGAAAGAAAUGAUGAAGGCGGGCAUAAUUGAAGAGAUGCUCGACGAAACUAUGGAUUCUCUGGAGGAAACAGAGGAGAUGGAAGAGGAAGCAGCAAAAGAAGUGGAUAAGGUACUGUGGGAAAUAACGGAUGGUAAACUUGGCGAAGCGCCCUUACCUCCUGAAGGUAUUGCUGCAGAAAAGCAAGAUGUACCAGCUGCUACUGUCACUGCAUCAGAAGAUGAAGCUGGUGAAGAAGAGGAGGAGUUACAGGAAAUGCAAAGCCGAUUAGCAUCAUUGCGAUCUUAAAGGCCUGCAAUGCUUGCAUAAAAAAAAAACGAGAUAAUACGCUGAUUUCAGUGUUGAGCAAAUGGUAAUACAAUUCAUUACAAUUUUGAGUAUUUCGACUUAGCUUUGUGUACGCUUCUUCGUUAGAGUAUCUCAUUAUAUUUAUAUUUAUAAUUUAUAUAAAAUUCUAACGUUUUAAAGCUUUCUUAAAGCGAAAAUAUGUAAGAGAAAAGCUCAGAAGACCAAACAUAAAAACGCGAUGAAAAUAAUACAUAAACGUUUUCUUGAAAAGUAA